AUGUUCAAUUCGAAAGAAUGGAAGAGUAGAAAAAUUGCAAAGAGUAAAGAUGGAAUCAUUGUGGAAGAGAUUGUGUUGGAUAAGUUGUUUUGGAAGAAUGUUUUGAAUUGUAUGAGGGGCGCUUUCCCACUUACUAGAGUGUUGCGUAUGGUGGACUCCGAUGAGAAGUCGGCCAUGGGAUUUAUUUAUGAAGAAAUGGAUCGGGCGAAAGAGAAGAUUUGGUCAAGCUUUAAUGGGAUUGUUAAGAGCUACAAUCCCCUUUGGAAGAUAAUUGAUCAAAGGUGGGAUAAGCAACUUCAUAGGCCAUUACAUGCUGCAGGCCUUUAUUUGAACCCCAUAUUGUGUUAUGCUCCAGGAUUCACUAUUGAUAAUGAAGUUACAAAUGCAUGCUUGAUUGAUCUUCCACUUGAGGAUUUCAAAGGAAAAGUUGGAUCUUUUGGUAGUGAUUUUGCUAUAUUUGCACUUCAAACUAAAACACCAACACAAUGGUGGGAUUCUUAUGGAGGCGGUCAUCCUGAAUUGCAGUGGUUUGCCUUAAGAGUUCUUAGUUUGACAUGUAGCUCAUCUGGAUGUGAAAGGAACUGGAGAACUUUUGAAAGGGUUCACACUAAGAAGAGGAAUCACUUAAAGCAAAACACGAUGAAUAAGGUAGUUUUUGUGAUGACUAACUCAAAAUUGGGGAAAAAGAAGAACAAGAGAAAGAGUGCUAACUAUGAGGUUGAUGAAAUUGAUUCUGAAAAUGAAGGGGAAGAAUGGAUCGCAAAUGUGGAGGAUAAUGAAGAUGAUGAAGAUAUUACACUUGAUGUUGGAGAAGAUGCUAGUGGUGUUAUUGGUGAUGAUUUAGACAUUCCUUCCAUCGUUGAAGAUGAUGCCAUUGAAGUGGAAGAGAAUGAGGAUGAGAACAAGGAGGGGAAUUUAUAUGACUAUCAUGAUAUAGAAAUACAUAAUAUCUUAGAUGAUUAG